UCAAAGUGGAUUUAGAAAAGGGAGAAAUACGAUGGAUUCAAUAUUGUGUUUGGAAGCUGAAAUUCGAAAAGCUCAAAUUAAUAAAGAGGUGCUUGUGGGAGUCUUUUUUGAUGUAGAAAAAGCUUACGAUAUGUUGUGGAAAGAGGGGCUUUUAAUGAAAUUGGAAAGCUUGAGAAUUGAUGGAAAAAUGUAUAACUGGAUUCUGAGUUUCUUGUUUGGAAGAACAAUUCAAGUAAGAGUAGGGACUGCUUUUUCUCAGAUUCUCCCAAUUGAGAAUGGAACUCCCCAGGGAAGUGUGAGCAGUCCUAUUCUUUUUAAUUUAAUGAUAAAUGACAUCUUUCAUAACGUUGAUACUGGAAUAGGAAGAUCAUUGUAUGCGGAUGAUGGAGCAUUAUGGAAAAGGGGGCGUAAUGUUUUAUUUGUAGAAAAUAAAAUGCAAAAAGCAGUGAAUGAGGUGGAGAAUUGGGCGAAUUGUUGGGGUUUUCGGUUUUCUGUGGCAAAAACACAAGUAAUAUGCUUUUCGAAAAAGAAAAAGAAUCCAAGUUUGAAUGUCAAAAUGUAUGGUUAUCAGCUGGAACAAGUAAAUGUUCUAAGAUUUUUGGGUAUGUGGAUGGACUCUAAAUUAAAUUUUAAAAUUCAUAUUCAAAAAUUGAUAGAAAAGUGCAAAAAAGGAAUAAAUGUCUUAAGGUGCUUGUCCGGAGCUGAGUGGGGGGCAAGCUGUCAGUCAUUGAAAAGAAUUUAUGGUGCUGUGAUUAGGUCAAAUAUAGAUUAUGGUAGUGUAGUUUAUAGUUCUGCGAACAAAAUCUUACUUAAAAAAAUAGAGGUAAUACAAAAUCAAGCUUUGUGCAUUUGCUGUGGUGCAUUUAGAUCUUCUCCGGUGGCUUCAUUACAAGUUGAAAUGGGAGAAUUGCCUCUAGAACAGCGUAGGUUUCAGCUGAGAUUAAGGUACUGGUAUGGUGUAAAGGGACAUCUGGAAAACCAUCCAGUUAAACUAAUUCUGAAAGAUUGUUGGGAAUAUGAGUACAAAGAAAUUACAAGCUUUGGUUGGGUAGUAAGGAAGGAGGCAAACAGCUUGGAGUUGAAAGACCAUGAAAUUGCUCCUUCUGUUGCUAUUCCAGCAAUUCCUCCUUGGUUGUUCCCUAUGCCACUAAUUGAUUUACAAAUUCACAAAGUAAUAAAAAAACCGGAGAUGAACAUGCCAACUGAAGUAGUAGUUCAACAAUAUAUAAAACAAGAGUAUUAUUCUGUGUUACAGGUAUUUACAGAUGGGUCUAAGGAGCCAGAGUCUGGGAGAACAGCAGCAGCAGUUUAUAUUCCUACUUUUAAAAUAAAAAUGGCUAAAAGAUUAUCAGAUCAUGUGUCAGUUUUUACUACCGAAUUAUUAGCUAUCAUACUAGCUCUACAGUGGAUCGAAGAAGUUCAACCAGAAAGAACUGUGAUAUGUACUGACUCAAUGGCUGCGCUCACUAGUCUACUAAGUGGUAAAUCUGAAGCUCGGCAAGACUUAGUAUUUGAAGUUUUACAAAGUUUGUUUAGAAUAAGGCAGUUAAGGAUAGAGGUCAAAUUCCUCUGGGUGUCUGCACAUGUGGGUGUGGAUGGAAAUGAGGAAGUAGACUUGCUAGCAAAGAAAGCAUUAAAUCAUACACAAAUAGAAAUUAAGUUAGCUUUAAGUAAAGCUGAAUUCAAGAGAGUGAUAUCAUUUGAAGUAAGUAAGAAAUGGCAAAAGUUAUGGAAUAAUGGGUCUAAAGGAAGACAUCUUUUCCAGAUUCAGGAGUGUGUUGGAAAUGAGAGGAAAAGAUACGGAAAUAGGAAGAAAGAUGUCAUCUUAUCAAGACUAAGAAUCGGACAUACAGCAUUAAAUUAUAGUCUUUAUAAAAUAGAUCAGUAGGUGGCGGUAAUGCACCUUUUUCGCUGGUUUGCCAAACCGCCAUAAAACACCAGAAGAAGAAGAAGAAGAAGAAGA